UGGCUGAUCUCCGCGCCCUGUUACUGUCAGACUGAUCACAUUCAUCACAACAACCCGAUGGCCCCAACUGGAGCUGACAGCGCUGAGGCCGUGGACGACUUCUUCCCUGGGUCGGAAAGAUUCUCCAAACCAGACUUCAACGAUCGGGCAAAAUGGAACAACAGAGUUAUAAACAACCUCCUGUAUUAUCAAACCAAUUAUAUAGCCAUGGCCAUCGUGGUGUUCCUCUUAGUCGGAUUUCUGAACCCGGUGGGGAUGUUCAUGGGGAUGGCCGUGGUGGCGGCGGUCUUCCUCGGUUCGGUCUGGGCGGGAGAGAAUAAAGCAGUCAUAAAGACCUUCAAGAAGCAGAACCCUGCAGCGUUUGUGGCUGCCAUCAUGGUGGUCAGCUACAUGCUGAUGUCUUUGGUGGGAGGCGUCAUGGUCUUCAUGUCGGGAAUCACUUUUCCUCUGGCUCUGAUGCUCGCCCAUGCCUCGUUCCGCCUGCGCAACAUGAAGAACAAGCUGGAGAACCGGAUGGAGGUCGUGGGGCUGAAGAGGUCCCCCAUGGGCCUGCUGCUGGAGGCUCUGGGACAACAGGAGGAAAACCUCCAGAAGAUGCAGAACUUUUUGGUAGCAAAGAUGGAGUGAUGAGACACUGCUGUACACACACACACACACACACACACACCACACACACACACACACACACACACACACACACACACACACACACACACACACCCACACACACACACACACACACACCACACACACCCCCCCCCUCCACCACUGUUUAACUCCUCAAUGUUUGGUCAACAGACUUGGAACAAAGUGCAGUCCUGAUUCUCGCGGAGCACAUAGUGCUCAACCCUCAAGGCCUGCAUGGGGUGGGAGUAAGCGUCAGCAUUAAUGCAUGUGUGUGUGUUCGCGUAUGUACAGUAUGUGUGACAUGCAUGUAUGACAAGUCUAUGUGUGCAUACGUAUGAGGCUUAUAGUGAAUAAGCAUGUUUGAUGUAUGUAUGAAUGUUUGUACUGUAUGCCUGACUUGUGUACAUCUGUACAUAUUCUUUUUUUUGUAUGUAUUCAUGUGGGUGUGUAUGUAUGUUUGAGUGACAGGGUUGUCACCUGGGCCUUAGGGUUCUCGGGAUUACUGAACCCCUUGAGGUCCCCUCUCCACCAGAAUACUGUUACACAUCUCAGACCGCUAUUUAACUUUACUGGCAUCACGUAUGGUAUUUAUUUACUGUUUUGUUCCAUUUCUCUUUCUGGUAUAUUGUGAAACAAGACAACCGUCAUCUAUGCAAUGGAAUCUGUUGGUUAAGAAGUCCUGCAGAUAUGAAUAAGAGCUGUGGUUUAACGUAAAUUGUCCCCAUGUGAACGUUCCUUGACUGUGAAAACAUUUUGUAUCAGUGGUCUGGAAUGUGCUGAGUGAAACCAGAAUGAUGAUAAGACAAUACACUGAAUCUGAAAACACA